UAAUUUCACUUAUAAAUACAAAUUACAAACGCGAAAAGUAUUUUCAGCUAUACCAAAAUUACACAUAAUCAAAUGUAAUUCAAAUAGUUGGUUUCAUAUUCGCUAACGGGACCGGGGACAAAGCAUAUUAACAUUUAACUUGCUUAGUAUGCAGUGACCGGUAAAAAUAACUUUAAAAAACGUAGAUUUUUAAAUCAGUACAAAACAAGUCAUCCCUACUAUGACGACAGACCGUAUAAUUUAAUUUUAUCAAUUCAAGCCGCAAGGUCACGAUAUCACUUUGUAAUUUUAAUCAGUUAACCAGGCCCCCUUUCAACCUAACUGCCGCCUUCGGAACAAGUUUUCUUGCAUUAAGUUUAAGUCUAAACUCUAAAUCAUGGCUUCAGCAAUGUUGAAGUUAUUAAAAUCAGAAUCUCAUAUCCUGCUACGACGUAACUAUAGUAGUUCAGCUCCAACUACAAAACUAUAUAUUGAUGGUCAGUAUGUAGACUCAAAGACAAGCCAAUGGAUUGAUCUUACUAACCCAGCUACAAAUGAAGUCAUUGGGAGAGUCCCUGAAGCAACACAAGAUGAAUUAAAUUUGGCUCUUGAAUCAGCUAAAAACGCUUACAAAUCAUGGAGUCAAAGCACUAUUAUGACGCGUCAGCAACUUAUGUUCAAAUUCGCGCGUUUACUCCGUGAAAAUCAAAGUAAGUUGGCCGCCAAAAUAACAGAGGAGCAGGGAAAGACUAUUGCUGAUGCUGAAGGCGAUGUUCUAAGAGGAAUCCAAUCAGUGGAACAUUGCUGCAGUAUCACAUCUCUCCAACUUGGUGAUUCUAUCCAGAACAUUUCUAGGGACAUGGACACUCAUAGCUAUAAAGUACCUAUUGGAGUGGUUGGUGGCGUUGCCGCAUUUAACUUCCCCGUGAUGAUUCCGUUGUGGAUGUUCCCACCUGCACUGGUUACUGGUAACACCUGUAUUCUGAAGCCAUCUGAACAAGAUCCUGGAGCGACCCUAAUGAUGAUGGAUCUGCUUCAGGAAGCAGGAGCUCCACCUGGCCUUGUUAACGUUGUCCACGGUACACACGACACAGUGAAUUUCAUUUGCGACAAACCUGACAUUAAGGCUGUGUCGUUUGUUGGCGGAGACGCGGCUGGCAAACAUAUUUACAGCAGAGCAUCUGCCAAUGGCAAACGCGUACAAAGUAACAUGGGGGCCAAAAACCAUGGUGUAAUAAUGCCGGACGCAAAUAAAGAGCACACAUUGAACCAGCUAGCGGGUGCCGCGUUCGGUGCCGCGGGACAAAGGUGCAUGGCCCUAAGUACUGUCGUGUUUGUUGGCGAAGCUAAGGAAUGGAUCCCUGAUUUAGUUGAGAGAGGAAAGGCUCUCAAAGUGAAUGCGGGACAUGUACCCGGAACUGACGUCGGUCCCGUCAUCUCUGUUAAAGCUAAGGAACGGAUACACAAACUUGUCGAAUCAGGUGUAAAGGAAGGUGCCAAAUUAGUUCUCGAUGGCCGUGGAGUCAAGGUUCCUGGUUUCGAAAAGGGUAACUUUGUCGGUCCUACAAUUUUGACCGACGUCAAACCAAACAUGGAAUGUUACAAAGAGGAAAUAUUUGGCCCAGUUCUAGUCUGCCUUUUCGUGAAUACAUUAGACGAAGCAAUUAAUCUCAUUAACUCGAAUCCAUACGGAAACGGCACUGCUGUGUUUACAACGAAUGGGGCAACAUCCAGAAAAUUUGCGGCAGAAAUCGACGUCGGUCAGGUUGGAAUAAAUGUGCCGAUUCCAGUUCCAUUGUCUAUGUUUUCAUUUAGUGGAACCAGGGGAAGCUUUUUGGGUACAAAUCACUUCUGUGGUAAACAAGGUAUUGACUUCUAUACAGAGUUGAAGACGGUGGUGUCAUAUUGGAGGCAAAGCGACGUUUCUCAUACGAAAGCGGCUGUUUCUAUGCCGACACAGCAGUAAUACUCAAUUUAGUUAUUUUAGGAGAAAACGUAAAGAGCAUUUAUUUUUUGUAUCGUCAUAUUGUUACAGUUACAUAGUCUUCCAUUAUAUUUUGUUAAAGGUUUAUCAUGUAUCAUGUUAAGUAAAUUAUAUCUAUAAAAAC